AUGUCAAUGUCAAAAUGUCAAUUAGAGAAUUGUAGUUUCAUAGUAAAUAGUAUAAGAAUUGCGGAAAAAUAUUUAAUUAAAAUUGCAUGACUGUGAUUCAGUAACUAUAAUUUUGUUAUGUAAUUCCAGUGACGAAUUAUUUCCUAGUUAAACAGUUUUAACAUUAAUGUUUUAUCACUAUAUAACCUUAAAAUGCAAGUGAUUACUGAUAUACAUUUAUAUCAUAAUCUGCAAGCUAUUUGCUCCAUUUCUGAUGAAGGUUUGGUCCUGCCAGACAAGGAGCUAUACAGACUGCUUUCCUUAGAAUCUGAUAUUUCUGUAAUACACAAUGAUAUUAAUGAAGAUCAUAAAGGGAAACGGUUGAGAUUCAUAGCUAGUGCCUAUUUCCUCAAACCAUUCUUGAAAGAAUGCUUGAAUUCAGAUGUAUAUCGUGCUAACGUAGUAAUGCAUUUGAAUAGGUUAAGCGGUUACCCAGAAAAUGGAGUUGUAUUUUUAAAAUUGAUUUUGGAACCACCAGACCAAGAAAUCAUAGACUAUGCUUGGAAUGAACGAAUGCUUAAACUGUUAUGGACUCGUGUUGAAAUAGAGAAUGCAUUUUCGUGGCUGUCCACACUCGGUGGAGCUUAUUCUGCAUUAGGGGACUAUUUCGAUCACUGCGCUGAAGAAGCGGGUAGAAUAUCAAUAAGGCAAUACAAACUAUCCAAAAUGCUUGGCGACGACGGCCUUGCAGCUCGGAGUCAGCUCUACUCAGCCUUAUCAUUCUCACAGAGAGGAAACCUUAAAUUGUCACGCAGGAUUGUAAGAAAUGUGGCCGAAUUUGGCAGAGUAACUCAUGAUAAACGAUUAGUGAGAAUGUGCCAAGGCGUUUGGGCCAAGUUGAAGUAUUUGAGAUCAUUAAGAAAUACUGUAUCACAACAGGGUAAAGAGAGAAACGGUGGCAAUGGGAAAGUGAUAAAUUGUCAUUGAUUUUGAUAAGCAAUAUUAAAUGUACAUGAGACAUGUUGUGUGUUUCCUUCUAGUUGCGAGUUUUAGUCGCCAAUUAUUGUUUAUUUGAGAUGUUUUAAAUUUAUUCAAUCAAAGGUAGAUAAUCUUAAUUAAUCUUAUAACUAUCUUGACAUCAUCUUGACAAAGUCUAAGUUUUGUUUAUAAAAAAUGCUUUUAUUCCAACUGUAACUUCUUACCGAGAUUAUAAAGAUCUUUGUAAAGGUACAAAAUAUCUGUAUGGGGAACCGUCUACAGUUUUGUAUUUAUAUAGAUAUUUUAAUAUCCGUUUAAUAUGCCCGAUUUCUAUGUUGACUUUGGCGCAUGUACACAUUGAUGCUUCAUUGCAACGACGUGUGGUAUAAUAUUUGCAGGCAUAAAUAUCUAGGUCACAAUCCUUAGGGUUGUGUCGUGAACAUUUCUUGCAAUACAUAACUAUAGAGACAAAUUAUAUAUUUGGUGCCAUAACACUAAAUCUAUUUUAGCGUUUUUAAGAUAUUUUAUUACAUUGAAAAGUGAUUAUAUAAUAUAAUAAUAUUAACACUUUCCACUCCAAGCCUUUUUUUUUACUCCACCAGCUACACGCUAAAAUUGCGUUUUUUCACUUUUAUGUUUUAUUUCGUAUUUGGUAAGUAAAAUUGAUUUUUUCUUAUAUGAUAAAUUUUAUUUUUUGAGUAAUUACAGGAUACUAUAUUAUAAUUCUUAAUUCUAAUCUUUAUAAUCCCUUUUGGUAUGGUACAAAAUCAAUGUCGAGUGACACUCGACAUUGGAGUGGAAAGGGUUAAAAAUAAGCUGGGAGUUUUUAGAUUUAUUAGUGGACCCCACGAAGUGUUUUGUCUAUUAUUUUUUUCUUAAAACCCUUGAUCGGAUUGUUACGAAAAUUAAACAAAUUAGCGAGUUCA